CCCCGUUCCUCCUCUCCAAUGGAGCUUGGAAGCAGGAGAGGCACAAUGGCGGCUGCGUGUACCCGAGUGGCAGCUUUGCUCCUCCUGGGGGUGGCAGCCUGUGCGGCCAGGCCACGAGGGCGGAUUCUAGGAGGCGGGGAGGCCAGACCCCACCUCCGCCCGUACAUGGCCUCCAUCCAGAUCGACGGGGAGCACGUGUGUGGGGGCUUCCUCCUGAACGAGUGGUGGGUGCUGAGCGCAGCCCACUGCGUGGAGGACAUAUCAGAAGAGGCCACUGUCCAGGUGCUGCUGGGGGCUCACUCCCUGUCCCAGCCAGAGCCUUCCAAGCGUCUCUAUGCCAUCCGAGGCCUCUUUCCUCACCCUGACCGGAACCCUGAGGAAGGCCACCAUGACAUCCUUCUUCUUCAGCUGGCUGAGAAGGCGGCCCUGGGCCCCGCCGUGCAGCCCCUCCGGUACCAGAGGGAGGACCGGGACGUCCCCGGGGGCACCCUCUGCUCGGUGGCCGGCUGGGGCAUCACCAGCCACGCUGGCUCGAAGCCCGACGUGCUGCAGCAGGUGGAGCUGCCCAUCAUGGACCGGGCCGUGUGCAAUCGGCGGAUCUAUCACGACAACGAGAUCACCAACGAGAUGAUCUGCGCCGAGAGCCGCAAGAAGGACGCCUGUAGGGGUGACUCCGGGGGCCCCCUUGUCUGCAAUGGGGUGGCUGAAGGCAUUGUGAAGUCGGGCACCCGGGUGUGCGGGAACUGGAAGAAGCCGGGCAUAUACACGAAGCUCUCCAGCUACGCGGGCUGGAUCCAGACUAUCAUCACGUCUGCGUGCUGAGGCUCCCCAGGCCUCCCAGGCAGGAAGGGCCCCGUCUCUGGGGGUCGGCUUCAGUCUAUGAGAUCUCUAAGCACUUAACGAACAUUGUUUCCAUAAGCCCAGUGUGGUCUUGGAGCCCCUUAGCAUAAAAAGUCCCUCUCAAAGGGACCCCAGGGCGCUCCGAGGGAGAGAUGAGCCGGGAGAGGUGGUGGGACUGAUGACUAGAGCGUAGGACCCCGGAGCCCAGCUCUGGGAGGAGGAGGGAGCCGGGACUCUCAAUAAAGCUUUUGGUACCAAA